UAUUAUCUCAGUACCCCAUUUUCCCUCACCUUUCUCAGGCUCCACUUCCUCUCCACUUUUCCAAAAUUGUGUGCAUUCUCCUUUAAGGGGCUGGGCAUCUCUCCCGCCCUCUCCAGAGUCGACUGAAGUUUCCAGAGGAGCCUUCUCUAGCAGGCUGGGCACACCUUUUGAAAGACCCCAACUUGUGCUCUGUGCACCUCAAAUGCUCCUUUUCCUUGAAUCCUCCCCUUGCCCCUCUCCCUGACUUCCCUCCUCUCAACUACAGGAUUCAGUCUCUCUCCCCGAGAGGCUUGAGCAUCCUCGAGGCUUCCCACCCUUGACCGCUCCGUAACCGGAUGGAGCCAGAGAAAUGUGGUGGGGGGGCCGGGGCCAGAGUUUCAACAUCGCCCCCCAGAAGGAGGAGCCAGAGAUGGGGCUCUCUGGACCAAAGUCUGUCCAGGGGAGCGGGAUGCCAGAGCCCGGGAGUCGUCAGCUUGGCAGUUGCCUGGCCUCUGGAUGCCUCCCAGGGGAGCAGAUCCUAGCAUGGGCCCCAGGGGUGAGGAAGGGGCUGGAACCCAAAUUGCCUGGAACUCUGAUCUGCACCAACUUGAGGGUCACCUUCCAGCCCUGUGGAUGGCAGCGGAGUCAGGAGACUCCCCUGAGCAGUGAGUAUGAUUUUUCCCUGGCCAACAUUGGACGAUUAGAGGCUGUGAAUGGCCUGUCUCGAGUCCAGCUCCUCCGUCCAGGGUCCCUGCUUAAAUUUAUCCCUGAGGAGAUUCUGAUCCAUGGCCGAGACUUCCGGCUACUCAGAGUUGGCUUUGAGGCUGGAGGACUAGAGCCUCAGGCCUUUCAGGUGACCAUGGCCAUUGUCCAAGCCAGAGCUCGGAGCAGCCAAGCCCAACAGUAUGCAGGGAUAACCCUGAGUAAGGCCGGCUGGAGUUCUGGCUCCAGGAAACCACCUAUUCCCCUCCUGGAGACGUCAGAAGACUGGGAGACUGAGCGGAAAAAGCAGGGUGCCAGGGGCUGGAGGGUCAGCACUGUCAAUGAGAGGUUCGACGUAGCCACCAGCCUCCCCCGUUACUUCUGGGUCCCUCACCGAACCCUGGACAGUGAGAUCAGGAAAGCGUUUGGCCACUUCCAUCAGGGCCGUGGACCGCGCCUGUCCUGGCAUCACCCUGGGGGCAGUGACCUUCUCCGCUGUGGCGGCUUCUAUACAGCCAGCGACCCGAACAAGGAGGAUAUCAGAGCAGUGGAGUCGAUGCUCCAGGCUGGGCAUUCGGACGUUGUCCUGGUAGACACUGUGGACGAGCUGCCUGGUCUCGCAGAUGUCCAGCUUGCCCACCUGAGGCUGAGGGCCCUCUGCCUGCCUGAUUCAUCUGUAGCUGAGGAUAAAUGGCUCUCAGCUCUGGAAGGAACACGAUGGUUGGACUAUGUCAGGUCUUGUCUUCGAAAGGCCAGUGACAUCUCGGUCUUAGUGACAUCCAGGGUUCGUUCUGUAGUACUUCAAGAGCGCGGUGAUCGUGAUUUCAAUGGCCUCCUCUCUUCACUCGUCCAGCUGCUUUCAGCCCCUGAAGCCCGAACACUGCUCGGCUUCCAAUCACUAGUGCAGCGAGAGUGGGUGGCAGCUGGACAUCCCUUCUUGACCCGACUUGGGGGAACUGGGGCCAGUGAAGAGGCCCCAGUGUUUCUCCUUUUCCUUGACUGCGUCUGGCAGCUCCUCCAGCAGCUUCCAGCUGAGUUUGAGUUCUCUGAGUUUUUCCUUCUUGCUCUUCACGACAGCGUCAGGGUUCCUGACACCCUUACAUUCUUGAGAGAUACUCCCUGGGAGCGUGGAAAGCAGAGUGGACAGUUCAACACUUACACACAAGUCUACAAUGCAGGGUACUCCCAGCCCCCAGCUGGGAACUCUAUUAACCUGCAGCUGUCUGUCUGGGACUGGAAUUUACGCUACAGCAAUGAACAGAUACUACUAUUCCAUAAUCCUGGCUAUGACCCAGAACACUGCCCAGAUUCCUGGCUCCCUAGACAACAGCCAAGCUUCAUGGUUCCUGGACCCCCCAGUUCUGUGUGGCUCUUCUCCAGAGGGGCCCUGACCCCCCUGAAUCAGCUUUGUCCUUGGCGGGACAGUCCUUCCCUGCUGGCAGUCUCUUCUCGUUGGCUCCCUCGACCUGCUAUCUCCUCUGAAAGCCUGGCUGAUCAGGAGUGGGGGCUCCCCUCACAUUGGGGAGCUUGCCCUUUACCCCCGGGGCUGCUGCUGCCUGGAUAUCUGGGACCCCAGAUCAGGCUCUGGAGACGCUGCUACCUGAGGGGAAGGCCUGAGAUCCAGAUGGGCCUCUCAGCUCCCACAAUCUCUGACCUCCAGGAUGAACUAGCCCAUCUUCAGGAGUUAUUAAAGAAAUGGACACCAAGAAUAUCUCCAGAGGGUCACUCCAAGAAAAGAGACCCAGAUACCAUUCUCUCCAAUCCCGUUGAAAUUCCUGCCUUUCUCAUGGGCAAGGGUCGUCUGGGGUGAGGAAGUUCUGUCUGAUCCUCCCAUUUUUUAAUUCUGGUCUUACUGCCUCAGCUUUUAUACGCCAGCCCUUAAGCUCACGGACUUUCCAUUACAGAUGGGUGGUGCUAACCUUAUCCAACUCUUACCCUGGCCUGUUCUGUUCCUCAGUAUAGCUAUAUGGACAGCUUCUUGUGAGUUGAAGAAUUAAGAAACAAAAACAAUCCAGAAUAUGACUGCCUCUUUUUUUUAGGGCAGUUCCAGCCCUUUUGGAUACUGAGCUGGUGAAUUGUGAGAUCAGAGAUACCCUUUAUCAGCGCCAACAAGAUGGCCUACAGACCUCCUUCCUCCUCCUCUUGCUGCUUCUUUAAUUCCAAUUUCUGUUUCUUCCCUUAUAGUUUUCUAUGGGUAUGGAGUGGAUAUGGGCGACACUCUCUCUUCCAAUUGUGUAUUUUUGUUGUGACAUUCCUAUUUAAAGAGUUCAUUAAAGCCCAGUAUUUAUACAUA